GAGCAAAGGCAGCGAAGGAUUAUUUCAACUCACUCACUCACUCACUGACUUUCCCUACAACAUCAACACAAUAUCUUGUAAGCACAGGAGCCAUGAUGAGUACCAGCCAGGAGGAUAGACCCUUUGUUAGGGCUGUGAGGAAGAUCAAAUGUGCCGCCAUGGUCCACAGUCUUGCCAAGAGCUGGCAGGGCUGGGCCGACGAGAACUUGGUCAAACAAGAGACCAUACCCUCUGGGUGGAUGCCCACCUCCAUCAUUGAGGACGAAGAAAAGGAGAAGCAGAACGAGACAAAAAUCCUAGUCAAGACACGUGUGGUCGAGGCGGACACCGACAGCGGCAGUCUGAUCCGAACCAGUGAGGUGACCAAGAGCCACAUGCCAAAGUACAGUGAGUACAGCACUGACCUGGUAUGCUCAAUCAAGGACAAGUUCCAGAUGGCACCUGAGGAUGCCAACAAGCCCUUCCUGGGCAACGAGUCACCCACCCGGAGACGUCUGGGUGUGAGAGCUCAGGUACAUCUGGGUAGUCAGGAGCGGAAGAUGGGCUCCCGUAGCAGCAGCCUGGACACAGAGGACAGCGGGUUGGGGGAGGAGGCCGGACUCAGCGACAACAGCGACCAGAGCGACCUGAACCAGCUGAAGAAACAGAUCGAUAGGCCCAAGAUUAGAGUCACCACCAUGGGUGACAUCAAGAGCAGGUGGCAGCAGUGGUCCCAGCAGCACGUAGAAGGUCAGAAGCUCAACCCCUUCAGUGAGGAGUUUGACUAUGAGCAUGCCAUGGCCCAGCGGUUGCAGAAGGGUGAUGAAGGCUACGGACGCCCCAAAGAGGGAUCCAAGACAGCCAUGCGUGGCGACCGAGCCCAGAAACAUGUGUACAAAGAAAUGGAGGAGUUGUGCUGGAUCGUCAAGGACAUGGGCCUCAAGGACAAGAACGGAAAAUCCUACAUAACUUUCGGCAGGCUGUUUGACCGCUAUGUCAAAAUCUCGGACAAAGUGGUGGGCAUAGUUUUGCGCUGCCGCAAACACAAAAUGCUUGACUUUGAGGGAGAGAUGCUGUGGAAAGGCCAGGAUGACCAUGUCGUCAUUACUCUGAGAGAUGUGAAAGAAGACUGAACCUGCAGAUGAUCUCGACUUUGACCUACACCUCUCUCCUCACAAUUUACCUAGACCCACAAGUGCCUUUCAUGUUCUGACCAGCAACAGUCCAGGAGUAGAUGUCUUAAGCAUUCUAACCAUGAUAGCCACUGGUCAUGAGUUCAACCUCAGUAGGAUAUUCUAAACAUGCUGCAGGCCAUUUUUAAAAAAUUACAUGACAAAAUAAAGUCAGAAAAAAAUAUGUGGUUUGUGGACACAAUAGUGAUGUGUGGGUUGACUCAAAACCCGCAGUCGAUGCAUUUAUACAAAGAGAAAACAAUACAUUAAAAAAUCCAUAAAUGUA